AUGUCGCUCCAAGUCAGAGGCCCCGACUUCUCGGUGACGAAACAGAAGGCUCUCGAAGAUGCGAAAAAGAUGCAAGCUGCAGUGGAUGAUGAGGUGGCAAAAGCUGGACAGGACAAGCCGCCAUAUCUCCUCAAUGAACUCAUUGGCAAGGGAAGUUUCGGGCGCGUCUAUAAAGCAACCGACAUCAACACCAGCAUGCUCGUUGCGGUCAAAAUCAUCGACAUUGAAGAGAGCGAUACCGUCAACCCCAAGCUUGCCGACACAUUCAAGGAGUUCUUGGCCGAAAUCAACGCGUUAAAGCUUCUCAGCGACAGUGGCGCAAGGAACAUCAACCAUGUCAUUGACGCGUUACCUGUCGGUCAAUCCAUGUGGAUGAUCACAGAGUACUGCGCUGGAGGAAGUGUGGCAACGCUCAUGAAGCCGACCGCUCCCGGUGGUCUGCAAGAGAAGUGGAUCAUCCCGAUUCUCAGAGAGGUCUCUGAAGCCGUCUUCUGGGUUCAUCGGCAAGGCAUCAUUCACCGCGAUAUCAAGUGCGCCAAUGUUCUGGUCACUGAGGCCGGCGGGGUGCAACUUUGCGAUUUCGGAGUGGCUGGUGUAAUUGAGACGAAAUUCGACAAACGAUCAACAUUCAUCGGAACCCCUCAUUGGAUGGCCCCGGAACUUUUCGAUCAGUCAACAUCGUAUGGUACGGAGGUGGACAUUUGGGCAUUCGGCUCCAUGGUUUUUGAAAUUGCCUCUGGCCUACCGCCGAACGUUAUGGCAGGCGUCGACGUUUAUCAGCUUGGAAAUUACAUCAAGGCACACACACCACGAUUAGAGGGCGAUCAGUAUUCCGACCGAUUGAAACAUUUGGUUGCGUAUUGCUUAGAGGAGGACCCGGCGAAACGACCAACAAUCGAAGAGGUACAGAACCACCCUUACAUCGCCAACUCGGUCCAAGAAUACCCGGCAGCAUCACUGGCAUUACUAGUGAGAGGAUUCAAGCUUUGGGAGUCACAAGGCGGCAGCCGUAAAUCACUAUUUGCCCCUGGGGGAGCCCAGGGUAUGUCCGGCAUGGACGAGUCCGACUUCUCAUCCACCGCGAUGGCCAACGACGAAUGGAAUUUCAGCACAACGAUGGCGUUCGAUCAACAGGUGUUUCAAAACACAGACGCUCAGGCAGUCUACGAUGUGUACGGCUCAAACGUGGAAUUCGACCCUUUGCUUCUGGACGACAUGUCUCGAUCCAAGCCGAAGUCACGUCGGAGGCCGCCACCUCAGCAGCUCGCCGCCAUGAAGGCUCCCUUAGAAAAGGUGUUUGAUCCGAACACUAUUUCCAACUAUGAGGACAAUUCCCGAGCAUACUAUGGCAGGCCAGUUCCUCCACCAACUUCAGAUCUUCCGUUGCGAGACGACUCGCUACAAUCAACCGCAGUGAGAGAAUCGCUUAUCGACCUGGACGCUUCACUUCACGGUGGUGAUCUUUCCAACUUUGUGGAUAUGAACACCAUCAGAGCUGGGGCACCGCGCGUAUCUGUCGACUAUCAUAUGGGAGACGAGCCAGAUUUUAGCAAAGCACCUUCGAGCGACCCGGCGGAUCUGAACCCGAAUAGGAGAACACAGGACUGGAAGUUCCCUUCCAUGGCCCCUCCAGCUUCCGCGAACCCGGAAAUGUCGAGAUUUCCCUUCAACGAGGACCGACCCUUCCACGAGGACCGACCCUUCCACGAGGACCGACCCUUCCACGAGGACCGGCCCUUCUACGAAGAACGGCCCUUCCACGAUGAUCAUACGGGACCCAGUUCUGCGUCUCGCCCGCAAAUGUUUCAUCACCAGACCGAUCCAGUUCCCGCCCCUAAUUAUGGCGGCGAUUUGAUGGUUCCCCGACCUGGUUCGCAGAUGAACAACAGGGAAUCCACGGGGAGCUUGAUAGAUCUGGAUGAGCUUAUGGUCCCGCCCCCUAGUACCCAGAACAAUCGUGUAUCGACUGGCAGCUUGAUCGACCUCGAUAUGGGCUUGGCAGAUCCUAUGCCGGAGCUCACUCGACCUUCCACGGCCAACUCAGACGCCGCAUCUGUCAGCGGCUCAGAGAUGGGGAUGGCAAACCCUUUCGAUCUGGAGCGCCAUGCUUCCCUAUAUGUGCCCACAUCCAACCGGGAGCCCUCUAUUUAUGUCCCAGCAUCGAACCGGGAACCAUCCAUUUAUGUACCAACAUCAAACCGAGAACCGUCGAUCUACGUGUCGGACGAUUCAGACUUCGCCUCACGCGUUCCUAAAGACGAGGAUCAACUCAGCCUCGUCGACCUUUCCCUAGCCGAUCCCGGUGCUACCGUUCGGCCCAAUGGCCAGGGCGGUUUGCGAUUGAACACUCAUCGCUCGUUCAACAGCGUUAACAGUGCCGACUACUCUGACCCCGAGUAUCUGACUCCACAGCAGGCCGCCCAGCCAUCCCUGCCGCCAGGCAUUCCGCGCUCAGUAGGGAGCAGGGACAGUGGCACUCUCCCGUUGCCUCCCCCGCCAGCGCCGCCGUCCGUUGAGGUCAUGCAGGGUUCGGCGAGUGCAGACGCUGUGAAGGAGGAAUUGAGGAGAAUGGCGAUGAGUCUGGGUGAGCACUUGAGUCACGCGAAUCAGUAUCUCUCCACGCUACCGGUGCGUAAGGGCGGAAGACAGGAUCUGAUGGGCGAAUCCAUGUAA